UCAGUUACGAUCGACGACAUACACUUUUGAAUUUAACGAGAUUGUGCCCCUUUUUUUGGUGACUAUGUAUUUGGCUAUCUCACCGGUUCCGAUAAGUAGCGACUAUUAUCAGGGGAAGAUUAGGGGUUAGUUUAUCAACCCAUAUGGGAAUUGGCGAUCCACUUGCGGCCAGUCCAGUCGCUAUGGAAAGUCGGGAGCAAGAGGACUCUGUCGAGAUCUUGGACUUCGUUCCAAUCACAGGCAACCUUACCAAGGAUGGUGAUGGCUUGGUGCAGGAGCCCAUAUUCGACUGGGACUGGAUUGAGAUCGUCUUCCAAUGCUGGGAGUCGGUACGCCUGAUUCUGGCCACCUUUUGGUGCAUUUUGCUGGCUAGAGUCGUGACCCACAAACUUGGUCUUUACGGAAGACCCAAUCUCAGUUAUGUCGUGGAGUUCCUGAUUAUCAUCCUGCCCUGCAUCCUGCUGGUUACUGUGGCCGUGGAUUACAGCAAUUUUAUUGUGUUUAUCAUGCUGGGACUGACAUGGAGAUUUCUGAGAAGCACUCGGGCCCUGGAGCAAGUCCGUUCCCGAGUCCAAUUUGACUUGGGCGGCAAUCGCCCCAUGACCUUCUCCAUUCUCCGAGCACUGACUCACCUAAUCACGGCGGUGUGCAUCCUGGCUAUCGAUUUUAGCAGCUUCUACAGACCCCACCGCAAAAGCCGCCAGUUCGGAGCAAAGCUGAUGGACACUGGAAUCGGAUUGUUUGUCUUCACCAUGGCCAUGGUUUCCCGCAGGACAAGGCAUCUCUCAGAUCUGCGCCGGAGUGUGAUUUACCAGGCCCUUCCCCUCAUUUUGCUGGGACUGGGUCGGACGAUAGCCAUCCUAAUGCUUGGCUAUGGCCAGGAUGAGCACGAGUAUGGUCUGCACCUGAAUGCUUUCUUUACAUUGGGUCUUACCAAGUUGUUGGGUUCAUUGGUAAGUUUUUUGGCUCGAAGGGAUUUGCAUUUGCUGCCUUUAGGACUGGGUCUUCUGGUGACUCAUCAACUGGGCCUUAGUGUUCUCGGACUAUCGGACUAUGUGAUGGAUGAGGAGGUGGACCGAUCCGGACUGUUCAAUGCUAAUCGUGAGGGUCUGGUCUCCUUGCCUGGAUUCGUGGCUCUUUAUCUGUUGUCCAUCUACCUCAAUCGCUGGUUGGUCAACAUAAGCUUGCUAAGCUAUAUAGAGAUGGUCAAGAAGCUCUGGCGACUGCUGUAUAUGGUCCUGAUCCUGUGGACCCUCUUCGCUAUCAGUGCCUAUGGCGUAGGUAUCUCCAGAGUGACCUGCAACUUUGGCUACGUUGUUUGGAUGGAGGCUAUAGGAGCCAGCACCUUACUAGCCAGUUUUUGGGCCGUUGAUUUUAUAAUCAACAGCAAAAUGCCCUGGGAUCCCGUGGGAGGAGCAGUGCAGGAUCAGGAAAAGGGCCUGCUUACAGGCGAAUCGAGUUCGAGGGCAAAACAUAAAGCCAUCGGACCUUUCGCCAUUGCCCAGGCUCUGAACCAAAACGGCCUGACCUUCUUUUUGGUGGCCAAUGUCCUGACAGGCAUGGUGAAUAUUUUCCUAAAGCCCGAAGAUCGGUCUGACCUGGAGUCCAUAUUCAUCCUGCUCGUCUAUAUGUUUGUGGCAACCAAGUUGGCACACGAACUGCUAAAGAGGGGAAUACGCAUAGCCUAAGAUUUAAGAUGUGAUUCGAGCUGUGAUUUUUAUGAAUUUAGUGAAAAUAGACGUAACAUAUUUUUACCAAUGUU